AUGGCCGACUUCAGCAGCAUCGCCCAACAGUUCGUGCAGUUCUACUACAAAACCUUUGAUGAGGGCCGAAACAACCUUGCCGCGCUCUACCGCGACAAUUCUAUGCUCACCUUUGAGAAUGACGCCAAACUCGGAGCACAGGCCAUUAUUGCAAAAUUGGCGGAACUCCCCUUCCAGAAGGUCCAACACCAGGUCGCAACCCUCGAUGCCCAGCCCAGCAAUGAAAAUGGCGGCAUUCUCGUCCUCGUUACCGGUGCUCUUUUGGUCGACGAGGAACAAAAGCCCAUGAACUACACUCAAGCAUUCCAGCUUCUCCCCGACGGACAAGGCAGCUACUUUGUCUACAACGACGUUUUCCGUCUCGUCUACAGCGCCUAA